AUGGGUAUCUUCAACCGACGCAAGAAGGUCGACGACGAACCUGGAGUGAAGGACAGAACCAGCUCAGACGACACAUUAUUAGAUGACAGCGCAUUCUACAAAAAGCCGACAGCUUUGCGUUUGUUCACGGUCUUCAUAUACCUUGCGGCAUUAAUAUUCCUGAUAUUAGUCGAGAUUGGCAACAUCAAUGGUAAUGCCGUUAUUCGAGACACAUACUUUCUCAACAUCAACCUACAAGAUAUCAUACCAACGUCCGUACCAAACGCCGUCCUCAUAAAUACUAUCGCUCAAUCUUUGGGCUUGCACGAUUUCUACCAAGUUGGAUUGUGGAACUAUUGUGCUGGCUACACCGGACAAGGCAUCACAUAUUGUUCACCUACCCAGCUCGCAUACUGGUUCGACCCAGUCGAGAUAAUCACCAGCGAGUUGCUAGUUGGAGCUAGUAUUGCCUUGCCAACAGAUGUGGUUUCCGUAUUGGGUAUUGUGCGCACUGCCAGUACAUGGAUGUUUGCAUGCUUCAUGGUUGGUACAGUGCUGACGUUUCUGUGCAUAUUCAUCGCACCCUUGGAAUUCUCAAAGAAGCCGAGAUGGUCGCACAAAGCGAGGAGAAUCUUCCUUCGAUCUCUACCAAUUAUGCUAUUGAGAUUUGGAGCUCUACUGUUCACAGCAGUUGGAGCAGUCAUUGCAACGGUUAUGUUUGUUAUCUUCAAGAACACUUUUGAAAGCGCGGCCGACUUCAACAUUCAAGCCACACUUGGCGUACAGAUAUUGGCCUUUGAAUGGGUAGCAGUCGGCCUGAAUUUAGUUGGGUUCUUAAUGUCUGUCGGCACCUGCUGCGGUAUUUGUUGCUGCUCAGGCAAGAGGAAAGCGAUCAAGAAGCAGGAGCAGGAGCACUCGCCUCGCGUGGAAGAAAAAUAG